UUCCACCUCGAUCCUCGUCUGCCGACUCACCACCAUUACGCUCCUCCCAAAGUCGACGACGUCUAGAUGUGCCUGUAGAAUUCAAUGAGCGUCGUCAGCAUAAGCACCCUUCAGGAUGCUCUUCCCGAACCGGGACCCUCGCUGUCCGUUCUGAUCGCAUCGCUUGCCGAUGCCUUCGCAUGCGCCGCGGACCUUUACAGAGCCCUAAGAGAAAGGGAAGAGGGAGGCUGGAAAGAGAUUGAGCGCAUCAAAAGGCUUCCUCAUCGUGAAGAGCGUGUGAUAGAGCGAAUCGAAAUUCGUCCUCUGGACGGAGCUGGGAGAGAAAAGCGGGACAGCGCUUUGGGGGAUGCUGAUGAAGAAUCAAUCCACGAGAGUGCUGUCCUUGUACGGAAGGAAUUGGAUCAUGGCACGCGCGAGGUUGGACAACAGUAUGCCGUAGGAGAUGCACAAGCCCAUACGCAGAUUCAGGCUGAGAUCAUCGCGCUACAACAGAUAACCAUAGAUAUAUACGCCAACUUUUUCGGGCGGUAUGGCAAGGAGCGUCCGAUUGCACAACACAUAGCCAUGUUAAUGUCGAGAGUACGAAAUACUCGCAUGCGCGCCGUCGAAGCACUUACAAACCAGUACCACCGCAUGUACAUUCCUCCACCUCAAAUACCCGCGCCAGUCAUACAUACUAGAGAUCUAUCACCCGUGUUGGAUCCACCAAGGCUACAUGCAUCAUCGUUGCGAAGUGCAUCCGAAGAUACGCAGAUAGUCCAGGUGCAAAGGCAGAGAAGCGUGCGCGGCCAGGUAAUGCGUAAGGAGUCAGACAUGAUAACUACGAUGUCCGGACCGACAUCGAUCAUAUCGAAUGUGAAUCGCCACAAUCUCUUUUGUCUUUAUGCGAUCGACCUACAAGACCACAAAUCACAACCAUUGGCUGAUGCCUUCUUCCCAGAGGGCGACGGCCGCUGUCCCUACUGCUCUCUAUACAUUCGUAGCAGCGCUGGAAAGUCAUGGGAGGUAUUCAAGGACUCAGAUGUACGCGGCAAGGAGAGGAAGUUUCACAUUGAUAGCCGAUUUGUGGUCAAGAGUCACAGAGAAGGCGGCGGAUUUGCUUGUGUACUAUGCAGCCAACGGCGCGAGGCGGACACUGUAACAGAGGAUAUCUUAUCGUUGAUUGAUCAUGUAUGGGUUGACCAUACGGCUGAAGAGUACGCGAAGGAGAUCGACAUCAAGGAGGUCGUAUAAGUUAGGCUCAGAGCAAGCAAUCAAUUACUUCACUCCACAGGUCUCUCUGGUAUACUGUCCUAAUAGGCUUCU